UGCCAGACCACGGAGCCGUGUGGGUGACUGUAGCCAGCCGGUGGGGAACAAUUGGAGUCUGUGGCUGGAGAGCUUUCAUUUGUGAACUAAAGCUUUAAAUUCAAAUAUUUGAACAAAAUGGAAAAUUCUGCAAAAACAGAAGAUUGUGAGAAGAUCUUUGAAGAUGAAGAGACAGAUGUAGUUUCCAAAACAGAACUCUCCAUCAAUGUUAAUGAAAAUUUAACAACUUCAAGAAGUGAAUCUUCUGAUGGAAAGGACACUGAUAGGGUACAAGAAGUCACACCCAAAAAAAGAAAACUAGAAUUUCAGGAUAAUCCUGAUGUUGAGACUGCAAGUUGUGGAGAAGGCACUCCAUCAAAGACAAGAAAGGUAGAUAAUGAAAUUAUUCUUGAGGAAAGAGCUGCAGCAGGUGAUGAAGAGAGCAUUUCACGAAAGAGAAAGUUAGAAACUGAUGAUGUUCCAAAAGAUGAUACCUCUAGCUGUGGAGGCGGCACUCCUUCAAGAAAGAGAAAAUUGGAAGGUGAAGAUGUUCCUGUGAAACGCAAACGUUUAGAAGGACAUGGCUCAACAGUAGCUGCUUACUACAAUGAGCUUCAGGAAGUUGGCUUGGAGAAACGAAGCCAGAGUCGAAUUUUUUACCUUCGAAAUUUCAAUAAUUGGAUGAAGAGUGUCCUCAUUGGGGAAUUUUUAGAAAAAGUGCGACAGAAAAAGAAACGUGACAUCACUGUAUUGGACCUGGGAUGUGGGAAAGGUGGAGAUUUACUCAAGUGGAAAAAGGGCAAAAUUAGCAAACUAGUUUGUACUGAUAUUGCUGAUGUUUCUAUCCAGCAGUGUCAGCAGCGUUAUACUGACAUGAAGAAUCACUGUCGUGAUCAUGAGUAUAUUUUCAAUGCAGAAUUUGUAACUGCUGAUAGCUCAAAGGAACUCUUGACUGAUAAAUUUCGUGAUCCAGAGAUGUGCUUUGAUAUUUGCAGUUGUCAAUUUGUAUAUCAUUACUCAUUUGAGACUUAUGAACAGGCUGAUAUGAUGCUCAGAAAUGCUUGUGGGAAACUUAGUCCUGGAGGAUAUUUUAUUGGUACUACACCAAAUAGCUUUGAGCUCAUAAAACGCCUUGAGGCUUCAGAAACAGAAUCAUUUGGAAAUGAAAUCUAUACUAUACGAUUUCAGAAGAAGGGAGAAUAUCCUUUAUUUGGAUGCAAAUAUGAUUUUAACUUGGAAGGUGUUGUGGAUGUUCCAGAAUUUUUGGUUUAUUUCCCUUUGCUGAUUGAAAUGGCAAAGAAGUAUAACAUGAAGUUGGUGUACAAAAAGACAUUUUUGGAAUUCUAUGAAGAAAAGAUUAAGAAUAUUGAAAAUAAAAUGCUUCUGAAACGCAUGCAGGCUUUAGAGCCAUAUCCAGCAAAUGAGAAUUCCAAACUUGCCUCAGGAAAUGUAGGUGAUUAUGAACAUGCUGCAAAAUAUAUGAAAAAUAGUCAAGUUAGAUUACCUUUGGGAACCUUAAGUAAAUCUGAAUGGGAAGCUACAAGUAUUUACUUGGUUUUUGCAUUUGAAAAGCAGCCUUGAGCAUAAAACUGAUUUAGUCAAACAGAGUGGUUUAUCCCACCUUGUAUGGAAGUGGAGGAAGUGGAGGAUUCUCAAUCGGCACUAGCAGCUUUGUUUUCAUCUCUUUUUUUCUUUGUUUAUCUCUUCCUUAUUAAAAAAAUUGUUUCAAACAUGUAGGAUCCUUCAAAGAACCAGGGCAAACACAUUUGUCUGCCCUACAGCUCCUGACUGUGGCAGAUAAACUUUUAUAUGUGUGUAUAAAAAAUGAGCUUGGACAUUCAUCUCUUUAAAACAAUUAGUUUGCUUUCAGAAAUAGUCAGGGGAAAAAACCUGUUUGACUUUUCACUGAUCUGGUAGCUUUCAAAAAUUAUGUUAAAAGUACAACUUAUUAUUGAGGCAGCUGAGCCAUUACCCUUAUGCUCCAGUUUAUUCAGUGAUGUAUGUUUACAGUAUUACAUUUUGAGACUAUAGGAUAUGGGGCAAGAAAUCCAAGCUGUGAGUGUGUGUGUGUGUGUGUGUGUGUGCACGCACAUGUGCGUACUUGCAUAUGUGUAGUCUUAUUAUACUGUUUUCAACAUUAAAUGGUUUUCCAUUCUGUACAGUUUUGAAUGUUGGUGUUCUGAAUGUGCUGGCAAAAUACAGGUUUUCACAUAUCUGUUUUAGAACAUCUUAAAAUUCUAGGCAACAUUUUGUUACUAUAUUUAAUAGAAGCAAUAGCUACCUACUACUAGUAUACUACUACUAGUAUCGUUUAAUAUAUUUAGUAUAGUAGUAGCGUUUGUUUAGCUUAAGGCCCUUCCCAAAAAUAGAUAUUUUUUAGCUACAUAGCAUAGAAUUCUUUUAGAAUUUUUUUUCUACAGUAAUCUUUGCAGCAUUUCUUUUCUCCUUUGGAAGGAGAAAUAGUUCCUGCCAUCUAAAAUGCUUGAUUGUUAGAACUACAAAAUUCUAAGCUACUGCUUAUAAUGGAUUAUAGAUUUCCCUUAUUGACAACAAACAUGACUAUGCUAAAACACUUUCAUACCUUCUAAUGCAUCAUUAUUUGUAUCUAACUUCUGUGAAGGUUAUUUGAUCAGUAAACCUCAUGUCUAGCCAAGUUGCAGUAUUUCAUUUUUCUCACAAUUAAAAAAAAAAUCUCCCUUGGCACACUAAAAUGCAAAUUUUUUUCCCACUUGAUGUUUCUUUAUGAAGAGGAUUACACUGGUGAUAUGUGAUCAUAAAGUCAGUAGUUAGUAGCCAGAAGUCAGUAGGUUGAUGCUUGCUGAAGUAUAGUGAUAAGUACUGGUUUAAAUCAUUAGUGCCCUUUUGGUCCAAGAUUUUCUAAGCACCAUUGUUAGGGUUAAGGAAUGUCCAUGCCAAACCUACAGAGUACAUAUAUAAGGGAUAAAGGCAUAAGAAAGCAAAUAAAGGAGGAAAGGGGGUUGGUAAAAAUAAAUGGAAUAUGGAGUAGUGAAAUACUUUUGAAAGCUUCAGAUACUACUCCCUGAUCUCUCUUCUAUAGGCUGCUUACCUUUUAUUUGGCUAUAUAAUCACUUGUAUGGUAAGAGGAGAAUAUAUAAUUUACCAAACGAGGAGAAUUUUCCUGUAGACGCUUUAAUAGACGCUUUAAUGUUGAUAUCUUCAGCAAAUUAUUUGUUUUUAUUUGGUAAAUACAAGAAAAAAAUCUCUGAUAGCUAAAUGAUAGUACCUAAAGAGUUAAAUCUCCUUUGGUGACUUGUCAGUCAAAGGAAUACUGGCUAUGCUCUUAACUUCCAAAUAUCAGAACUGCUUUCAUUUCUGAGGUCAGCUAACAUCAGUAAUAUUAGAAACAAAUUUUUAUGGUACUUUAGUGUUUACAAGGUGAUUUCCUUUCAAUAUCCUGUGGAGCAUGCAGGGUAAGGAUUAUUUAUUCCCAUUUUAUAGUUGAGGAAACUGAGGCUAAGAGAACAACUUUCUCCUGGUCAGACAGGGUUAUUAUUAGUAAGUGUCAAGAUUCUGACUAAUAUAAUUUUCUUUCCACUAUACUUAUUUCUUUCUAUUCUAAUUCUGGAAUUUUGGGGGUAUGCUUGUUUGUUUUCAUAGUUCCUUCACUGUCUCAUGACCAGCCCCAAAUUAGUGUAUUAUAGUUGUUGGUAAUAGUACUGAGACUUAAGAUUUUCUUUUCUUCUGAUACUUGUAAAUGUACCACAGCUAUAAAUAAAUAUGGGCCAUGAAGAUUGAAUAAUAAAAUAAUGUCACUUUGUUAUGAA